AUGUCCAAUCAAGUCCGCACAAUCAACCCGACCACCCACGAGGUCAUUUUCGACCACCCGGGCACCUCCCUCGCCGAAGCAGCCCAGAUUGCCACCGCUUCCAAGCAAGCCUUUGAAUCAUACCGCGCCGUCACACUCGCCGACAAGAAGAAGAUCGUCACCCGUGCACUAGAGAUCAUUGCCUCCCGAAUCGAUGUUCUGGCCAAGGAGAUCACCACACAAAUGGGGCGACCCAUCCGAUACUGCGCCGGCGAAAUCAAGACUGCCAUUCUUCGCUCGGAGCACAUGAUGGACAUUGCGGAACAAAGCCUGGCUGAGCUGCCUGGCAAGCCCGAGGCAAACUUCAAGCGGGUGGUAAAGCAUGUGCCUGUGGGCCCGGUGCUUAUUGCUGGAGCUUGGAAUUACCCAUACUUGACCACUGUUAACGCCCUGAUCCCUGCACUUCUCGCCGGCAACUCUGUCAUUCUACGUCCAUCGCCUCAGGUGCCUUUGUUUGGCAACCGACUGCUUGAGAUAUUCACCGAGGCCGGUUUGCCGCAAAAUGUUCUGCAGGUCAUCCACAUUGGUAGCUUGGAUGUUCUCGACCAAGUCGCUCAACUUCCCGAGAUUCAGUCUGUCUCCUUUACCGGGUCUACUGCAGGUGGUAUCAGACUUCGUGAAGCUACUGCACGCCAAGUCAAGCCAGUCCACCUGGAGCUUGGCGGAAAUGAUCCCGCAUAUGUGCGCCCAGAUGCCGACGUGAAGGAUGUGGCAGAGAACCUCGUUGACGGAGCUGUUUUCAACUCCGGCCAGAGCUGUUGCUCUAUUGAACGGGUCUACGUCCACGAGAAGGUCUAUGAUGCUUUCAUCCUUGCCGUUCAAGAAGAGCUUAAGUCGUAUAAGCUUGGUGAUCCCCAGGAUGCCACUACCACCACCGGUCCUGUCAUUUCAGCACCUAGCAAGGAGAAAAUCCAGUCGCACAUUGAUGAUGCCUUGUCGAAGGGCGCUGUCAAUGUGACUCCGGAAAAUGCUACAUUUACUCUGGCUAAAACAGCUGAUAAGGGCAACUGGCUUGCCCCGGUUGUUCUAACCAAUGUCAACCACUCUAUGAUUACCAUGAAGGAGGAGACUUUCGGACCCGUGAUGCCGAUCAUGAAGGUCUCUAGUGAUGACGAAGCUGUUCGUUUAAUGAAUGAUAGUGAUUACGGACUGACUGCUAGCGUGUGGACAAAGGAUAUUGCUGCAGGUGAGGAGUUAAUCGAUCGCAUUGAGGCUGGCACGGUCUUUAUCAAUCGCUGUGACUACCCAGCUCCGGAUCUCGCAUGGACUGGCUGGAAAAUGUCCGGACUUGGCUCUACUCUUGGACCCCGAGCAUACGAUGGAUUCACAAAGCUGAAGAGCUACCAUAUUAAGGGCGUUUCUGCUUAA